ACCUUGUGCUUGCUAGGCAGGCACUUGUGCCUCUGGGCUACAUCCCCAGCCCUUAGAAAUUUUUAUUUGUUCAUUGUCCUUUUUAUGUUUUCAUAAUGGACAUGUACAGUGACUUUGAGUUUAAUUACAGGAACAAACUCAGUGUUCAUUUGGUGUAUUUCAUCUCUUAUUCUUCAUAUUAUUCUCAUGUGAAGAGUGAUAAUGACUUUAGAUUUUGUCAGGCUAGUUUUUUUUUCACCAUUAACAUAAUUGUUUGAGUUCCUAGUAAGGAUUGGUUUUUAAUUGAGAUGAUAGAUGCAAUGCAGAUGUGUAAGCUAUAAUACAAAACAAGUUGCAAAAGAGUUCAUAAAUAGAAUAGCUAUGUUCCAAUAGCUCUUUUGUCAAAGUGUAAAAAUAAAAACAAAUAAUCUUUAAAUAUAAACUUAGAUACAAAAACGUUUUAAUACAAAGUACCUGGAUGUCUAUCACAAUUACUUGCAUAUAUAUCAUAAUUGAACCAAAAUAUGCUGAGAAAACAGUAACUAUUGUGGCAUUUAGAGUAAGCCCAGCAGGGAUUGAUUUAAGCCUAUGCAGAAUGAAAAGAGUUCCUGUUAAUGAUAAAACAGCAAAGUGAGAAAACUGCAUGGAGGAAAUGAUGCCUAUCUGGGCAUUCUGCAGAGAGGGUGGUGAGGUCCCACAAGGCAGAGGGUACACAGGCUCUAGCAUCCUCAGUGCCAAGACUGGUGACUAAAGCACACAGUCUCCUGAACAGAAUAAGGUCUGGGGUGUAAUCUCAGUCUUUGAAUCUCUAUUUUUAAAUUACACUGAAAUCAGACAGCAUUCUCUGGUUUUCUUUUUGGGUUUCUCAUUACAUUUGCCUAAUGAAAGUUUAGGAUGUCACUGUUCCCCUUUCACCCCAAUGUCCCUUUACUUACAGACAACUAAGAUGGUAAGUAAAACACACAGAGUGGGGGAGGGGUUACACGUAGAUAAACUGUGACAGCACCAACAUAGGUGAAUUCCAUCUAAAUAACCACACAGCAAAUGCAUGUGAGUGGCAGGGUGGCAGAUUUGUUUUCUUAUCAAGUUUUAUUCCCUGCAGUUUCCCUGCAGAUCAGGAAAUGACUUGGGAUAACCUGAAGAAGGAAGAAAACAUCUUAAGUCAAAGGGCAGGAGGCUGUUCACUUAAUAUCUUGGAUCCAGGCAAUGAAAUUUGUGAAUUAAGACACUUGAUCACAUACUGGGUGUAGUGGUACAUUCCUGUAAUCCCAGCACUCAGGAAGCUGAGGCAAGAGGUUCUUCAAUUUGAGAUCAACCUGGGCUACAUAGUGAGAAUUUGACUCAAAAAAUAAAUAUAUUUGGUCAUAUAACUAACAAUAGCUUUGUUUAAUGUUUAUUUUAAAUUUGUCAUUUUAAGAAAGUUUAUAGGAAAUCUAACUGAAAUAUCACUGAAACAUAAAUACAUUCCUAGUCUCACCAUUGGUACAAAUGCAUCUUUUUAGUGUCUCACGUGAAAUACAAAUCAUGACAUCCAAAGUACUGUGUUUGAAAGAUGAAUCUACAUAAACAAGAUUUUUAAUACUUGCCAAAAUUUUUGAUAAAAAUUGACAAUUCUUGAGGCACAAAAACCACCCUCAUUAACACACCAUGUUGCACUGUGAUUACAUAAAGGAUUUCUGAAAUGGUCAUGUGCUAAGGGACCACUGGAUCUACAGGCUCAAAUGUAGACAGCUAUGGCAUUAAAGUUUUUAAUCUUAUUUUUUGCAGAUUGGCAUCAGAACUGCCUCUCCUGUGUGGGAAAUACACAAUUUGAGUCUAAGUUGAAGUCUAAAAAUCCUGGCAACUAAGGCUGAGUAGGUACAGUGCAUGACCUAACCAGAGCAACUGAAUAUCCAUGUCCCUGUGAACAGGAAGUAGUAUUAGAAAGAACUAAGACAUCAAAGUUAACCAUCUUUCUAUUGUAUCUGGUCCCAAGUAUCCAGUGGCAGCAACCUCUAAGGCAGGCUGUACCUUUUACCCUAGUACAAAGCCACCUGCUUUCUCCAUGUUCCUAAGUUACCUGGUACCCAUUCAGAAAAUUAUUUUCCGACUUAAGGACACCAAAAAACAGGUUUAUGUUUGCCUACCAAUCACUCUGACAUUGUGGAAUUAUCAGUUUUCAUAAUGCUGUUUUUCCAGUUCCAGAAAUGAGGAAAUAAGGAAGAAAUAAUUUGGGUUUCUGUUUGUGGUAAACUGAACCUUUUAAAUGCCUUGGCUUUUCAGUUGUCUAACCUUCAAGUUAAACAGGUUGUUCCACUCACUAGAUGGCUCUUUAUUAGUCCAAAAGUACAGCAGUCCCUCCUAUUGGACUUUGGUCCAGCAAGAGCAACUUAACCUCACAACAGCCCUGAACGGUACACGAAGAAUGUUCUUUCAUUUUUAAAAAAUGUUUCAGCUAAUGUGAUUUGUUGAAACUUUCAAAAUGAUUAGAAAACUUUUCAUCAUCCUACUUCUGUUGUUUGUGACUCUGGGAGAAGCAAAGAAAUUAUUUCUUAGUUUUCUGAAUAUAGAGAAGACUGAAAUACUGUUUUUCACAAGGGCUGAAGAAACCAUCAUUGUCAGAUCAAGUUACAAAGAUAAACAGGCUAACUCCAGCUACCUUUUUGUGCGAACAGACAACCCUAAAAUUCUGCAGUUGGUGAAUGUGACCAAAACCUCAUCAGAUGUUACAAACUUCACUAUCAACCUAAUGACAGAUCAAGAAGGAGAGACAAAUCUGACCAUUCAACUCUGGGAUCAUGAAGGUAGGCGAGAAAGACUCGUGGAAGAAAUGAAUGUUAAAGUCAAAGUGAGCAAACAAACAAAAGACAGUCUUUUCCAGGCAUCAAUGCAUGUUGAUAGGAGAAUACUAAUGCUUAUUUUAUCAAUGAUACUGUUCAAUAAAUGUGCCUUUGGUUGCAAGAUGGAAUUCCAGGUUCUUCAAAUGGCAUGGAAGAGACCUUUGCCAAUACUUCUCGGAACAGUUACACAGUUUUUUCUGAUGCCAUUUUGUGGUUUCUUUUUGUCUCAGAUUUUGGCAUUGCCCAAAGCACAAGCUUUUGGAUUUGUCAUGACUUGCACAUGCCCAGGGGGAGGUGGGGGUUAUCUCUUCGCUCUGCUUUUAGAGGGAGAUGUUACUUUGUCCAUUCUGAUGACUUGCAUAUCAACAUUAUUUGCCCUGAUAAUGAUGCCGGUCAAUUCAUAUAUAUAUAGUAGAAUAUUAGGGUUAUCGGCUAUAUUUCAUAUUCCUGUUAGUAGAAUUGUGUCAACACUCCUUUUCAUAUUUAUUCCAAUCUCAAUUGGAAUCAUCAUCAAACACAGGUUACCUGAAAAAGCAAACUUAUUAGAGAAAAUCAUUAGACCUCUUAGUUUUGUUUUAAUGUUUACUGGCAUUUAUUUGACUUUCAAAAUGGGAUCAGUGUUUUUAAAAUUAGCUAACUUGGAGGUGCUUCUUUUAGGUCUUUUAGUUCCUGCUUUGGGUUUGUUGUUUGGGUAUUCUUUUGCUAAAGUUUGCAUGCUGCCUCUGCCUAUUUGUAAAACAGUUGCUAUCGAAAGUGGGAUAUUAAAUAGUUUCUUAGCCCUGGCCAUUAUUCAGCUCUCUUUUUCACAGUCCCAGGCAGACCUAGCUUCUGUGGCUCCAUUUAUAGUCGCCAUGUGUUCCUUAUGUGAAAUGUUACUGAUUCUCCUGGUCCACAAGGCUAAGAAAAGAAGUGUCUUUUAAAAAUUUUUUUCUCAUCUAAAAGUUAAAGUAUGACUCCAUCCCUAUUGUGAGUGAGGUACUAUGAGAAGUUUAAAAAUUAUGUAAAAUAAAGGCCAGGGAUAUAGCUCGGUAGCACAACACUUGCCUGGCAAGUACAAAGUCCUGAAUUUGAUUCCCAUUAUCCCCAAAACCAAAAAUUUAACCAGGAGGGGGCCAUUAUUGAAAGUGUAUGUAUAAUCUACAUGCUAAGCACUCAAAUGUGACAGCCAGUAAAAUACACAGGAGUUUAGAGGAAGGUGCCAACUUUCCACUGUGGUGGUGUGGGAAUGUUUAUAGAAUAAGAUGUGAAUAAGGUACCGGGAGAACAUGGCGGACAGAUAACAGCAACUACCCAGAGGCUCUCUGAAAGACUCGGCUCAGAAGCCAGGUAUGGUGCGGAUUAAGGAGACAUAAGCAGGUGGAGAUAUGCUCUGCUGACUCAGGAACGAACUGGGCUGAGAGAAACCAACUUGGAAUGCAGUCCUGGUGCUAAAACAGGAACAGAAAAGCCUCGGUGUGGAGGCUGGACCCCGCGCCAUUGUAAGCUGCGAUUUGGGUUUCCCGCUGCGCGGCAGCUGGCUGCCUCUACAGUGGCUCGGCAAGGAGAGAGACGCGCAGAAGCUCUGUGAACGGCAAUCUGCGAACGGCAGGGAGGCGUGCACUGACUUGUGGUGAGGUGAGUGAGAGAAACUGACACUCUACCACAGUUUGACUCCAGCAGAGGACUUUCUGGGCCCGAGCAGUCCUGCGGGAGCAGGGUGCGGUGGCGACUCCAGCCACACAUUCCCCUCUCCGGUGGGAUUGGUGAAAAGUGCCUGGCCUGCGUGACGCUGCCGGCGGACCUGGUAGGCUGUCCCAACCCAGAUCCCAGAGCCUGACGGUGGCCGGGAGGGGAGACGCGUAGGCUGCCUGGUCCGUAACUCCCUGGUGCGCAGCAGUGAGCGGGAACACCUAACUGGCGCAAUUCGAUCAGGCUGUGGCUGACUGGGAGAGAAGCUCGGCCUCUUAUAUAAGCUUGCAUAUAUAAGGAACAGAGAAGAAGAGGCAGCAUGGGAAGAGGCAGCAACAAGAAAGGCUCCUCGGCCCCCAAUUCUGAGAAACAGGCAAUAGCAGACACCGCACCAAUACACAUAACGCACCAUAUAGAGAGCCUCAUAGACCAAUUCAGGAAUGAAGUUAUCAACGACCUGAAGCUAGAAGUAUGCAGAAUAGUUAGAGAAAUGCUAAGUACCACCCAAGAAAAAACAGGCGGUGGAAUGGAAGAACAGAAAAAAAGGGGAGAAUUGUUUGAUGGAGAAAACAGAGAAAGCAUAGAAUACGUGAAGCAGGUUCAAAGGGACUACCAAGAUACUAAGAAGUCUAUAGAAGACUGGCAUAACAGCUUGAAAGAAACUAAGGACAGACUAUCUGAACUGGAGGGCAGACUUGUAAUAUGGGAGAAUGAAAUGAAAAACUUCUUAAAAAUAACAAAGAAACAAACAGCAAUAAUACAAAGACAAGAAGAUGAUAAGAGAAUCCAUAACUUAAGGAUUAAGAACAUAAAAGAAGAAGUAGGGACACAAACAAGUGAACUACAAAAGCUACUCACAGAAAUAAUCCAGGAGAAUUUUCCUAAUUUAGCAAAAGGUAAAGAUACUCAGAUGUAUGAGGCAUACAGGACCCCAGCUACCUACAACCCAAACAGAGCAACACCCAGGCAUAUAAUAAUAAAAAUUCCAGAAAUUCAAUACAAGAACAGAAUAUUAAAAGCUGUCAGAGACAAGAAACAGACCACUUACAAGGGAACACCCAUCAGAAUUACAGCAGAUUUCUCAGCACAAACCAUCAAAUCACGAAGAGCGUGGGGGGAAAUAAUUCAAGCUUUGAAAGAUAAUAAUCUCCAGCCAAGAUUGAGAUAUCCUGCACAACUGUCCCUGGAAAUUGAUGGAAAAACAAGGUGCUUCCAGGAUAAAGAGGAACUGGGGGAAUUUGCAACCACCAGUUCAACUCUACAGACAGUUUUGCAGGAUAUUCUAAAAAAAGAAAAAUACAAAGAAUCCAGAAAUAAUGGCAGAGAGGUCACAACGAAUGGAGCAGAGAACAAAAUGAAGAAGACAAACUGACAGCUACUGACAGAAAAAGAGCUCAACAGAAAUGAGGCAGAGAAGAUUGGAUGAUAGGAACAGCUAUUUUGGAGAAAAUGACAUCUUAAUAGGUAAUACUGAUUUAGUAUCAUCUUGUUUUGAAGUCUCAUCUAGCUUUUGUUCUUCUGUCUCCAAUGGUCUAAAUAGGUUGUAUCUUACUGGAUUUUAUUAUGUACGAUAGUAUAAGCAAAAACCUUUUAAAGACAAGGAGAUUAUACAGAAACCAUUAUUCAUUUUCUGUUAGUCGAUUCUAAAUACUCUGUAAUGCUGUCAUUCUCUUGAAUGGUUUUACAUUGUUUUGAUAUACUUAAUGCUACAGUAUACGAAGUUGUACUCAAGGAUUUCAAAGAAAGAGACAAUAUGGUAACUACUUUUAGGUUAGGAUUAUCUGGUGGUGAAACACUAUUCUGCUUAAAUGGUUAUGUUUUGAUCUGCGCUGUUUCGUUGUUAUGCCCUCUUUUAUCUCAAUCUCCACUCCAUUAUUUACUUUUUUAUCUUUAUCCUUUUAAUUAAAGGAAAAAGAUAGCAGGAUAUAUUAUAGUAACCCACUUUGACUUUUCAUUACCUUGAUUUAAAGCCCUGUAUUACUCUCACCAUCUGGUUUUUAACUGAUGUUCCCCUAUUCUGUUUUGCUGGAUAGUAUCAGGUUCGAAAGUUUAGGCAUCAGCUGUGAAGAUAAUGAGAUUCAUUAUGACGCCCAUUCUUGUUGACUUUUAUCUACUUUUGAAGACCUACAAUGUCUCCAAUGUUUUGGUUUUGUUGGUUUUAUUCUUUACUGUUUUGUUCAAUUGUAUUAUAACUAACGAUAUAGGCAAUUCUAUUAGAGAUAGUGGGAGGCAUUAUGGUAACCAUUGUUGAUCACCUUGUAUUAUGUUUUUACAUUAUCUAUUAUGUCCACCCUUUUGACUUGACUGAUUCUGUUCUGUUAUGUCACAUUUGGUUUUACUCUCUUCCAAAAAAGUAAUAAGAACCGUGGGAGCAAUGAAACCCAAAAUGUGUAAUAGUCAUGGUACAAAAGAGAGGAAAAGAAAGUGCUCCAAACUAUAUAACUGCAUGUAUAUUUAAGUGUAUAAGAUAGAAAAUGAUAUCACAGAGUUUUAUUGGAUCAAUGAACAGAACUGUUUGCAGCAUCAUUGAUGGAAUGUCCACUUUACAAGCUUUAAUUUUGUGACUUGAACAAUUAUUUCUAAGAUGACCAUAUGUAAUCCAUUAACUAGUGAUUUCCUACUGUUCAUUUUUUUUCUGUAAAUCUGUAUAACUUGUACCCUUUCCCUACUUUUUUUUUCUCUUUUCUCCUUAAAUAAAAUUAAAAAAAAAAAAGAUGUGAAUAACGCAAUCUUAUCAUGAUCUCUUAUAUGAGAAAAAAACCAUAGAAAACUCUUCUUGUAAUGAAAUUCACAUAACCUAAAUAUUUAAGGAAAGGAUGUCCAUGUAGUAGACAUUUAGCUAAAGCUUACUCAGUAAAUGAAUAUGUAAAUUCAGUUUCUAUAUGGCUUAUCAGAGUCAUCAUGUCUUAAACUAUAACAUUUCGACUCUCAUAGCUGCUCAUACUCCAAUUUUCCAUACCUGCCACUAAAGCCAUUACUUCACACCAAGAUGCUGAGUCAUCAGUUCUUCCCUCAAUCUUUCUUCUUUCUUUCCUCUUUCUGGUACUGAGUAAACCCAUCAUAAACCCAUCUGUGUGUGUGUGUGUGUGUGUGUGUGUGUGUGUACAUACAUAUUUUUGAGACAGGCUUUCAUCCAAGUGGAACUUAAACAUCUAUAAUUUUCCUACCUUUUUUAGAAAAAAAAUCAGAUUUCUCUCUAUUCCCAAACGCUACUUUUUUUCCUCACGCUAUAUUCCUUCUUCCCUAUACCUACUCCUAAUUUGUUGACAUCGUUGUCUAACUGCUGAUAACUAUCAGAUAAAUUUUCUAAAAUUUUAUACUUUGGUCAUGUAAUUUUCCUACACAUUUUUGUGUGUAAAUAAAGUCUGAAUUCCUUAGUGAGGCACUAACCUGACUCUGUUCUCUGACCUUAUUCUAGCUUCCCAGUUUGUUUUCCUCUCACACUCCUUUGCACACAAGCCUUUGGUAUAAUCAAGCAGAAUUAAUGAGUAGCUUAUGAAUACUCCUUGUGCAAACCAACCUGGUUUGUUGUACAGCUAUUUCUGUCUAUUUUAUUCCUUCUUUUUGGUGUAAAUCCUUAGGGAUGAUAACUCUGUUUAUUCAUUUUUAUAUUACUUGAAAUGUCUAGCACAACAUUUUCUAUGUACUUAAACGAAACAUUAGAGCACAGAGUAGGACCAAAAUGAAGAUUAUGGUUUUUAAAAAUCACUCUGGGGUCCAUAACUAUGAUAUAGUGCUUGCCUAGCAUGUUGAGACCCCAAGUUCAAUCCUCAAUCCCACCAAAAAAAAAAAAUCACUAAAAUUUUCAAUGGAAAUUUUUAAUACCGAAGAUCAAUCCAUAUUUUUCUUCAAACCAUGGCAUCAAGAAUAGGAUAUAUCACCCUUAAGGAUACUACUUUCCCUACUUUCUAGCCUUAUAGCUACUUAUCCAAAAAAUGGAGAUAAUGGUGUUAUUUCUACCUGAUCAUCCUGGGAAUUAAAUGAGACCACUCAUGUAACCUGCUUAGAGGAAUGUUUGACCCAAUGAGUACACAGUUUUAGCUAUUAUUGUUUUUAUCAGUUUAAACUUUAACCCUGCCUCCUGCUAGCUGUACAUAUUAACCGGUUCACUAUGCAUAUAACUUAAACUUGUAACCUUUUAAAAAUCACUGUUACUAUUUUGUUCAUAGAAUAAAGGAUUUUUGCUUA